AUGGGCGUGAUCCUCGGCAUCACGGCCCUGACGUGGAAGCUCAGCGCCGAUCGAGAGGUCCGAUAUAAGAUGCCAGAGCCGGGUCGAUUCUACCCCAGUCGAUACUGGAGCAAGCAGGUCAGGGAGUACGAGGCGGCGCAGAAAGCAAAGAAAACCGAAGAGGAAUCAUAA